GCCUGGCGACAUUGGUGUCAACAUUGCCAAGAUUCGACUGUCUGCAUUCGGCUAGCGGUGUUGACGAGCUGAGUGACGUCCGCCAGAAUGCGGUGGUUGAGCUUAAACAAAUGUUUACGCCUUUGAACGACGAGAUACGACUACUCUUCAUCAAGUCUGGGUGAAAUUGACGCUGAGCCAUGUCGCUUCUGACGGAUUUUUUCGUAAUUACCGUGUCGCAAGUGUUGUUCUUUGCGGGCGGCUGGGUAUUCUUUAUGAAGAAGCUGUUCAAAGACUACGAGGUUCAUCACCUGUCUGUACAACUGCUGUUUUCUAUAACCUUCUCGUUGUCUUGCACUAUGUUUGAGUUGAUAAUUUUUGAAAUCCUGGGCUUCCUUGACACAAGUUCACGUUAUCUACACUGGAAGCUAGGAUUGUAUGCCAUUUUGUUUAUGCUGAUAGUGUUUCUUCCUUUUUAUAUUGGCUACCUGAUAAUCAGCAACACACGUUUCGUGCGGACGAGGCUUGUCAAGCCACUCGCGCUGGGUGCAUGGCUGGUGUUCGUCUAUUUAUUCUGGAAGAUCGGGGACCCAUUCCCGAUCUUAAGCGCAAAACAUGGCAUACUCUCGAUAGAGCAAGUCAUCAGCCGUGUAGGUGUCGUGGGGGUCACGCUCAUGGCCGUGCUGUCCGGAUUUGGUGCUGUCAACUACCCAUACACCUCUAUGGCCUACUUUAUGAGGGUAGUCACUCUCACUGAUGUGCAAAACAUGGAAAAGAAGCUUCUGCAAACAUUUGACGUAAUCAUCAUGAAGAAGAAGAGGAUUGCCCUGGCAAUGAGGGAAAAGCAGAAACAGUCAGCAUCGGGUCGGCAAACCACUGGCAUCUGGGGCAUGUUGCAGAGCGUCACAUCAACUUCGGCCAGCGGGGCUGAAGACAUUGGGCAGCUGAGGCAGAGUGUGGAAGCCCUGGAGGAGUUCAGCCGACAGUUGUUUCUGGAGACGGUGGAGAUACACAACAUGCUGGAAAGAAUAGAGUGGUCCAAAACCUUCAAAGGGAAAUACUUCAACUUUAUCGGUUACUUCUUCUCUUUGUACUGCGUAUGGAAGAUAUUUAUUUGCACAAUCAACAUUGUAUUUGAUCGUGUCGGCAAGGUAGACCCUGUGACAAGAGGAAUGCAGAUUGCUGUCCAUUACAUGGGAUUCGACGUUGAUGUGAAGUUUUGGUCACAGCAUAUAUCUUUUAUUUUGGUUGGCAUCAUUGUUGUCACUUCUAUACGAGGCCUUCUGAUAACCCUCACUAAGUUUUUCUAUGCGAUUUCAAGCAGCAAGUCCUCCGACAUUAUUGUCCUGGCUCUUGCCCAAGUCAUGGGCAUGUACUUUGUGUCCUCUGUGCUGUUGAUAAGAAUGAAUAUGCCUGCAGAAUAUAGGUCCAUCAUCACUGAGGUACUCGGCGAGUUGCAGUUCAACUUCUACCACCGGUGGUUCGAUGUAAUUUUCCUGGUCAGCGCACUCACAAGCAUUGGCUUUCUCUAUUUGGCCCACAAGCAAGGCCCUGAACGCGACACUGUACCAUAACUCGGCUUCACCCCGAAGGACCGCAUUUGUUCCAUGUGCGGACACUAGGUGAUGCACCAUUUGUCUCGGUGUAUAAUAAUACCAGUAAAACGUAGUAUUUCUCAUGCUCAGUAUACCAUGUAUAGGGAUUUAAGGAAAUAAACUAUGGGGUAACAGAACUUCCCUAAACACAUAACAUCCCCAAAUAAACAUUCCCCAAAGCAACAUGUGUGCUAUGAAAGACACUGUAGUAGGGGGCUCCGGAUUAACUUCUACCACCUGGGGUUCUUUGAUGUGCACCUAAUUCACAGUACAGGAGUGUUUUUGUAUUCCUACCCCAUCAGAAUGCGGCAGCCGCAGUCAAGAAACAAACCCGUCACCUUGGGCUCAUUAGUGGAACUCCAUACCUAAUGAGCCACCAUGGUUCAGUGGUUAUAGCUUGGUGGCUAUACAUAACUUGUAAUGAUCAUCCACAGAGCAUUAUGCAUUGGCUUUUUGCUAAAAUAUGCCAUCUAGUAUCAACAAUGUUAUUACCUAUUAAAGUCAACAAAUACUUUCAUAAAGCUGUUUUAGGCUAAAACUGGCUGCAAGAUGAGAUGCACUGGAGAUAUUUGUGAUAUUUCGCUGAGUGAAUUACACUUAUAUACUGCAUCAGACCACUGUAGACCACCGAGCAAGUUCUGUGAUUUGGCAUGCAGUUUUAUACAGUUCAGAAUCUGUUUCUGCCGACGUACAUGCAAUGUCUUGAUGCAGCGCACAAACUGAUAACCAAAUUUUGCUUUAAGAAAUGAUGCAAGAGAGGUUGAUGAGACUUACAAAUGUAUAGAGAAACUAUUGCAAGGAUUGACUUGUCCAACUUUGUUAAAAGUAUUGUUAUAAGUGAAUUGCACUUAAGAAUGGGGAGGAGUAGCUACAAGAAGUUGUGAUAGAAGUUUUUGUCAUUGUCCUUCAUCACAAUGCAAUUCCAAGCAAUAUAAAUAACAGAACAGCAUUAGGCCAACCUCAAGUGACUGAUAAAGGCUGGCACGUGAUUAGUUGUGCGGACAUAUCUUUGUCAUGGCACCAUUAUCAGCUUUAAUGUGUAUUAUAUAGGUUCCUAUUGCAAAAAUGUUGGCCUGCUUUCCUGAGGUGCCUUUAUAGCAUGUUCUUGUACGGUGGAGUGCAGUAUGUUGUUGCUGUGUGCACUUGAGUUUCUGUACUGUCAUGUGCUUGUUCAGUUUUUUUUAAUAGGUACUUUCCCAUUCCCUGUUAGAGACCUGAAUUUUAGGGCUGCACAACUUGUCAUAUGUUCCAUUCAAGUGCGUUUACCAAUACUAUAGACAUUUAUUAAUUACAUUUUUUGGCUAAUUUGAUUCUGACCGUAUGUGCUGGCUGCCACCUGUACAUUUCUGCAGACCAAGAAUUUCGUUAUUUACUAUGUGCUAAAGAUCUUCACCGAAUAAUUCAAACUUCACUGUUCGGUAUGAAUGUGCUUGACCACUGUGGUGACGGACCUGUGACCCUAGUAGCGACAGUGUCUGUUUUGGCUGUGCUAGGAAACAGUGAAUGUAUCCAACACACAUCAUCUCUCAUCUAAAAUGUCUAUGUAAACAUGCUUUCUGAUAGCGACGACGAUAAACAAUAAAUGCAAAUAAAUUUCCAUUUUGCAAAAGUAA